AUGACUAAACUCCAGUUAACUCCUCAACUAAGAGAGGUUUUCAAUAAUAAAAAAUAUGUUGUGGAACAUGAUUACAUAACGCAUCGACAAUUGAUAGAAUUUUAUCAACUUCAUAAACCAACAGAGUCGUUAAGAAUGUUAUUAAAGAUGACAUCGAUAUAUAAUCCACCUCCAUCCCCACCACCAAAGAAGACCAAGGAAUUCGAGGACUUAAUGGCCAGACUUCGACUUGAAGCUAAAGAGAAAGAAUACAGAGAUCUAGUGACAUCCAAAACGGAGUUCGAUACUUUAUAUGAGCCAUCUGAACCUCAAUCACUAGCUCAAACGAAUAAGGAAUUAAAGAGUAAUGUAACAACCAUAAUCAAUAUUUUAGUGAGUGUGGCCAGUGUUGUAUAUGCGGUAUGGUAUUGGGGAGGAAGUUCAUGGGGUCUUGAACCAGGUAUCAAAGUGUUGUUAUGUGUAUUCUUUGGUAUAUUGGUGUUGGUGGCUGAAGUGGUGGUUUAUAUGGGGUAUAUCAAUAAGAUAGAAGACGCUAAACAGAAGGAGAGGCUGAAGAAGGAGGUUAAAAAAGUAGUCAGAAGGAUUUUAUAA